AGACACUAUCAGUCCGCUGAACUUCUCCAGUUUCCCGUCAUCCUGCAGGAAUCCCCGUCCUUUCCAACAGCAAACACUGAUUCAAAGGUUUCAUUUCGUAAGCUGAGGUGUGUGGGAAACCUCACCAACCACUCAACCACAAGCUGUUUGGACAUGAUAUCAUUCAGACAGACAGACAUUUGCAAUUACUUUUACAUACUCACCACACAUGAGGGUCCGGGGCCCCUCCCACCGACAUCUGCGGAGGAAAGUUGUGCAGCUGCAUGACUUAUCUGCAGGGAGAAACAGGAUCACAGCCACGGAAGGACAACCCAAACACAUUUGAUCUAAAAAUACAGAAACAGACGCUCCGAUCCAGAUCUUUUGGACGGUUACUUGGACCUUUAAUACGUGACACUGACGUAAAUUGAAAGUGUUCGGUGAUGCGUAAAGAUCUGAGAUAAGAACCAUCAGGACAGAGGAUGUAGGAGACCGUCAUUGGAGGUGACAUCCGUGAUGACCGUGUCUUCAGCAGAACAUGCAGAGGUGUGUGUGCCUGUGCUUCAGGGACUGUGGGACCAUGUAAGAGCCGGACAGGAGGACAUCCUGCGUUCCCCUGUCCUCCCUGCGGUCUGCGCCUUCCUGACGCACGUCCUCCUGUGCGCACCUUUCUUUGCGCUCGACGCACUGGGAAGCGUCUGCCACCGGGUCCGGUCCUGGAGGAUCCCAUCCGGUCCGGGUCGGCCGCCGUCGGUCCGCCGGUGGUUGGACUGUUUUUGGAGGGUGUUGGGUAAAUACCUGAGCACAGUCCUCCCGGUCACCGCAUUGUUUCAGACCCUGCGCAGCCCCACGCUACCGGAGCUGGCUCCGACCUGCUGGCAGCUCUUUGUGGAGAUUUUGGCGUGUUUUCUAGUGUUUGACACGCUGUUUUUUGUUUGGCACUUCUACAUGCACAGGAUCCCUUGGCUUUACCGCAACAUCCACCAGUUCCAUCAUCAGCACAAGGUCCCCUUCGCUCUGGCGGCCCAGGAUGCCAGCUCCGUGGAGCUGCUGUCCCUGCUGCUCCUGGCCCUGGUCAGCUCCUGGGUGGUGGGCUGCCAUCCUCUGAGCGAAGCCCUCUUCCAUAUCCUUAACAGCUGGCUGGCGGUAGAGGACCACUGUGGCUAUGACCUGCCCUUUGCCCUGCACAGACUGCUGCCCUGCCUGGGAGGAGCCCCCUACCACCAGGCCCAUCACAGCCACCACAAUGGCAACUACGCCCCCUACUUCACACACUGGGAUCGACUCUGUGGAACAUACACUGCCUCAGGAGUGUAAUUCCAUGCAGAGCAAUCUGACAUGCAGCAACUUGGAUGUUUACAUGUAAAAGUCCUGUGGGAGGUGUUGAUGAAGGAUUCUUCUGUAACUCCUUAUCAGUGGUUUCAUACAUUUACAGAGAACUGCAGUAAAUCAAACUUUCAUUCUAGAACAUUUUGGACUCCUGACAACAAUAAAUUGUUUCCUAACAAAUAUGAGUUUUUAUAAACUGCAUAUAUUAAUUCCCUAAUUGAGACUGCAUGUAUUUUCUUGAUAAAAAUCACACUCUGCAUUUCAUAUCUACAAUGUGUCCUAUAUAACAAGUAAAUGGAAAAUGACAUGCGUGCAACAAUGAGCCAGUAAUUGAAAAACAAAAGACUGAACAAACACCCACGCUAAUGUGAAAUUACUUUGCCCUAAUGGGCGUCAUGUUUUGUGUAUUGUGUAAUUUGUAGGCGUACAUUGGAAAUGGGACGGCCUUAUUUGGCGCAGUGCUACAUGCAGCCAAUGAGAAUUUCAAUGCCAGUAAAUGUUUAAUAUCAGUCUGUCAUGUCUGGUGAAAUAUCCAACUUUAUAUUUUGACCAAAGUGUAAAUAUGCCAAUAGACUGUUCUGAAAUGUUUAACAAGACUUUUGCUUUUGGAACAAAAGCUCUUUGUAUAAUUGGUACCAUACUUUUUUUAAUAUUGUGAAUAUUUAGUUCUAUAUUUUGCAUUUUACUAUGCUUAUAAAGACUAAUUGUAAGUCUUCAUUUUUACACAUAAGCGUUUUACAUAUGCUUCAGAUGCUUGAUGAAAUACAUGAGUGUACGACAUUUACUGAGGGUUUUGUUGCUUGCUCAGGUUCAUGUUUCUGUUUUGCUGUGGUUAGUGAUUUGUGUGCCCCGGGCCUCUCAGCUGUCAACGUAAGGGGGUCUCCAGGGAUUUUAUAGAAAAAUCAAAAACACAUGCUUUUAGACAUGAAAGGUUUUUCAGUCACCACUUGCUGUUGCAAACAUAUUUUUGUUUUUUUAAAGAAGCAGUGUCACCAGCAACAACUUUCAGUUACACUAUUACUCAGCGUGUUUAUUUUCUAUGAUAUUCCUCCAGGACUGUAUUGGAUUAGAAGCCAAAUCUUUCUUGGCACUUGUGCUCUUUUCUCAUGAAAGAAGAGCAAUGGGAUGUUGCUCAAACUUCUUAACUUCCUUACAGUGAAAAUGUCUGGCACUUUAGCACUCACAAUGGGAAGUUAAAUGCAUUCACUGUAAAGAUUUAACAACGUUAUGUUCAAUGUUAUGUUCACUGCUAUUCUUCGAUGAUGUGUCUAUUUUUGCAAGACUUUAUCAUGUAAUAGCACAAGGCAUAAGACUGCACUUCUAUAUCAGAUUUUUCUCACAAUAACAAGCAGCAUCCCAACAGAUAAGGACAAAAUAUAUAUAUAUAUAAUGAGGGUCUGGUCCAGGCUGUUAUAGUGUUCUUUAUUGUUCAGUCUUGAAUUGUACUGGGAUCUUUUUGCUGAGAAAUCACUCUGAGGGUUAUAUUACUUGGCCUGCUGAAGCAUGUGAACUUCACUAAACAUAUGUUUUCCAUUACAGACUCUUUCAAUGGGCUUUUUAGAAUUUCGCAACACCAGAGUCAGAUGGAAAUUGAUAGAAGGUGUUCAGACAUUUGGAGGGACUUUCGCUGCGUAAGGACACUGGCUGAGUACAACAACCAUAGUUUUCAUAGGAAAUGCAGAGCCAGGGAAAGAGAUGAGUACUGGGUGGAGGUGUUGCCAAGAGAUGGGAAGAUAAACAUGUGACCCAAAACGGAAACAAUCAGGCCCUAUUACAGACCCCACGUCAGAGUCAGGGCGAGUCAUGCAGCUUUGGACGACACACACCAAAACACACGUUCACACCGAGAUGCACGUCGACGUUCAGCUGCCGACGUCACACCAGAUUGACAGGAUUUUAAAGUACAGUUUGGACUUUGCAAAGCCUUCCGUUUGUUUGCUUCUUUGUUCGGUGUCCUACUAUUGGAAUCACGUAGGCUAAAGACACCAUACGCCACAGCUGCAAAGUGGAACAAAUGGAGUCAUGCCAAGACAAGGCAACAAACACCAAGGCCUUAUCAGUGGAGUAAAGACUAAAGACUUCCCAUUUCAUCAUAUUCUCUGAACGUUCGCCUUCAGUGACAAAGGCCAGAUUCAUCUUUCUUCGUCCAUUCUGUAAAUAUUCAAUUAGUGAGCUUUUUAUAGCUGAGGCCUCUUGUUGUCACAGUAACUAGCUGAGGUUCUUACCCUCUGGUCUGUAACCAUUUUUAGGCGACCCCUGCUCUCAUCUUACAUGGGAGAUCAGUCACUUCAUGACUUCUGCACUUUCUGAAACAACUCAGUGCACUUGUCAUUAGUGAGCUGUUGCCAAGACUUUCUUAGGAAAAAUAAACAUCAUGUAUUACUGUAAGAGAACCAGUUACAAAACAA